AUGUCAUCGCCUGCAUUCCGCCCUCGAAAAUAUUACUGUACUGAUGCUAAAGUUACAGCUUGCUGUCGUGGCUUUAAGACCUUGGGUGGAUACCGACAACACCACAAUGCACUACACAUCGAGCCUCCCCAGCCUACUCGUCCACGCCAGCAUACUUUUUCGGAAUGCGAGUCUGAUGCUGUGAUGGAGGCUGGACACAGUGAUGAUGAAGAUACAUACAGAGGAUCCUACUAUUUUCAACAUCCUGUUCUCGAUGGCUCACCGUGUGAUGCUGUGGGUAACUAUUUACUAUCUGAUGGCGAUCCUCCCAUCCUUGACCUGCCUGCUGAGGAUAAUCCAUGGGCUCCCUUCCAGUCAUGUGGUCACUUCCAGCUUGCGGACUUCAUCUUCCGACGAAAUCAGAUGCCUGGCAAACAAAUUGAUGAACUCAUGCAGGUUCUAGCCUCUUUCAAUGAAUUUAAUGGCAAGCCUCCAUUUCGUAGUGACACCCAUGUUUAUGACACUAUCGAUGCCAUCUCUUUGGGUGAUAUAUCAUGGCAAUCACUCUCACUCAAGCACGCUGAAUUCGAGACUGCGUCACCUGAUGAUCCACUGUGGAAGCGUAGCGAGUAUGAGGUGUGGUUUCGAGAUCCCCGCGAGUUGAUACAAAAUCAGCUUGCCAACCCUGAUUUCGUCAACGAUAUCGACUACUCAGCUUGA